GCGCAGCGCUCCAGUGCCCAUUGCUCGAACCACCGUCAAACAUGGCGUAAGGCUGCGAGUGCGAAGAAGGUUGAGUGUUUCUUCGUGAGCGAUAAAGUGCGAUUUUUCGUGUGACAAGUGUGACGAAUUGCGUGCCAGCACGUGCGUGAGGCAUUUAGGAGUGCACCUGUGCAGAAAUGACGGACAUUGGGGUGGUGGAGAACAUCGAAACGGGGCAUUUUUCGGGGACGGAAAAUGACGUCGAACCUCCCUGCUCGAGAACAAUGAAGGCGACUGAGGAGCCAUCGGCGGCCACCAAUGGAACUGGUGAGCAACAACAACAAGUUGGCGCGCCAUCAGCGGAGGGUUCGCGCGCUGGCCAGGCGGAGCGCCCGAGGGGCAAGCGAAAGUGUCGGCGGGGGCGCGCCAAGGCGAAGAGGAACCAGAGCCACGUGAAGCCGUACGCGUGGAAGGUGCCCGUGGCGAACAGGCGCUCCGCCGCCAGUCACGUCCGCAGCUCCAUCGUGCCAUACAACACCAACAGGUUCCUCAUGGAGGACCACAUGCCGGAGAUGCAGACGAAGGGGCGCCAGCGGGACUCCAGCUUCUCCGUGGACUCGGACGAGAACUACUUCUGCAGCCUGCCCGAGGACGAGGAGGAGUUCCUCACCAAGGAGUUCAGCAGCGUGUACGAGAACGCCAAGUGCGAGCGCCUGGACGGCCUGACCAAGAGCCAGCUCAUCCAGGAGUACCUGCAGCUGGAGGCCAACUUCGAGGUGGUCAGCACGCGGCUCGCCGCCGAGACCACGCAGACACACGCCGAUGCCAAAGAACGGAUGCACAACUACGAGUUUCAGGACAGAAUCCGCAACCUCGAGGAGCAAAUCCACAAGCUCACCGAGGACAACAUGGAUCUCAGCAGGCAGCUGGAGUUCUACCGAAGUAAGGCACCCUUGGCCAGGAUGGCGUGCUCCAGCAGUGAAGACAGCGAGAGCGACAGCUCCUCCUCCAGUAGCUCGAGCAGCUCCAGCAGCAGCAGCAGUGACGGCGAAGCCACGAUGCACUGUGAUGAGGAGGAGGUGGGAGCCCCGAAGGUGGCGCCCCUUUGCAACGGCUACUCACAUUCCCUCUCGCCGCCGCAGCACAAUGGGGAGCUCCUCAAUGGCCACCACGUGUCGCCCAAUCCGCAUUCGCCGUCGCAGUACAAUUCCCUGUCGCCGCGCGGCUGAAGAGAGUCCCCCGACGAUGACCUGGCAACUCCUGGACACGGCUUGCUUUAAGUUUCUCUCCUCAAACACAUCGCGGAACACUCUGUGAUCUCCGGGAUCUCUGUUGAAUUGCUGCCCCAUCACAUCCCACAUCCCUCGAAAUGCCCAAGAGAAAUGUGAAACAAUUGAUAAUAAAAUUGCUUAAAUUUUCUAAAGAA